AUGAGAUUUCCCAAUGAACUGUUGGUGGAGGUGGCAUCUCAAAGACUUCUUAAAGAAGAUUGCCUAGAAAGAGGUUGGGUGAUGUUCAACUUCCCUGACACAAAGAAACAGGCUGAUCUUCUGAUACAAUCACUGCAGGGAUUUCAAGCAAAUAGAGCAAUAUUUCUUGGGGUGACUUUAUGGAAUUGCAUGGAGCGAGUCGAGCCCCGGAGAUUAGAUCCCUUUACAGGUCAGAUGUAUCAUUUAAAUCAGCGACCCUGCUUCCAGAGAGUGGCCAUGAGUCGCCUGAUUCAGUUGCCUCAAGAUUCUGCGGAAUCAGUGAAGGCAGAACACGAGAUCUACUCUCGAAAUGUUACUGAACUCAGAAGUUUCUUCAGCACCUGUUUGCCCGAAGAUAUUGUGACCGAAGUGGACGCAAACCCUUCCAUUGAAGAUGUGUUUGAAUCGGUGCAGGGAGCUAUUUUGAAGUCAACGAAAAUCCAGAUUCCAUUUUAA